CUCUAAUUUUAUAGUAAGAAAUAAGAGAAAGAGAAGAAUCUUUUGGACACAUCUUCUCUUUAGAGAAAUGGUCUAGGGACACUGAAAUGAGUCCAUUUUUUUCUGGGUUGACCCAGUCACCCAGCUGCCGAAAGCAUCUACUCCACAAGCAACCUUCCUUUCUGUCUGGAAAUCCUACAAUCUAACAUUGAGGUUGACGCCCAAAAGAAAAGAAAGAGAUAAACAAACAUUGAGAGGUUCAGAUUAUUGCCCAAGUGAAAAUAUACCCAACAUGUGUGCAGAUCUAACUAAGGACCUCCUGGUACUCUUCCGUCCUUCCUCUCACCUGUUCUAAAGCUAAGCUUUUUCCAUUUUUAUGUGUAUCGAAUCAUGUCUAUGGGCUCAAUUUGUUGGAAUUAGCUUUUUCCUGCAUUAUUCUGUUAUUUUCCUGGAAUUUCUUGGAAUUUUGGAGUUUUAAUGGGCAAACAAGUGCAAGGAUGUGAGAAACCCAAGUCAGUAAAUUUGUGCGGCUUUGACCACAUAUUGGUUCCUUCAAUCUCGGACCACAGCCUGGUAAAAGGUCUCGAAUUCAGUGAUCUUAUUCGAAGUCUUCCAGAUAAGACUCUGUAUACGUUGGACGAUUUUGAGCGGCCGGAUGAUAUCGAGCGGACGGAUGUAAGCGAAACUGCACUCAAUUGCAUAAGCCAGAUGCUUAUGGAAGAUGAUGAUGACGACUUGGAAAAUCGGCCCGGCUUGAUCGAGUAUAGCUUGGCUCUCCAAGCAGCUGAGAAAUCCUUGUAUGAUGUCCUUCAUAACCCACUUAGUAUAGCUGAAAAUGUUGAUAGCCCAAAUGAUGAGUUCACUAGGACUUGCAAUAGUGUCGGGGUUAACAACAGUGUUGCAUCUGUUGACAGUAUAAUUGGUGAUUCAACCUCGAUCAGUGAUCAAAAUAAGCUUGGAUUUUCUGGUGCUCAUUGCAACUUGGACUAUGCUAUGCAGACAAAUUCAAAAACUUUUGGUUCUUCGAGUGUUUCUCGUGGGACAGUGGACUCUCUCGUUAAUUCGUUUCAGGUUUUAGAUCCAUCUGAGGUGAGCCAAGCAAGCUCCCAGUUGACACGCAUGCUACCAGAGGAAGAACACAAGAGUAACAUCUUAGAGCAAAAUGAAAAGGCUUUGAGGUUGCUGUCCGAGGCUGAGAAGAAUUUUGGGGAGCACUUAAUGUGUCGAUCAAGGGGAAUGAGAAAUCAUUGCAACGAGGAUGGUGAUUGUUUGGAAAUGGGCAGGAGUAACAAGCAGUUGGCCGGUUAUGAUGAAGACUCUGAUGAGCAAUCCUGGAUGUAUGAGGUGUUGCUUUGUCCUGCGAUGAAUCCUCAUCUACACAAGGACGAGUCCUCAGCUCGUAUUGUUUCUGAAGCCUCAAGUGGUGGAUUGGGUGGAAAGCUGCAGAAGAAUGGGCAGUCAAAAGGAUCACGUGGACGAAAGGCACGUGCUAAGAAUCAAGGCAACAAGAGGGAAGUGGUGGAUCUUGUGUCUCUCUUAACUCAGUGUGCACAAGCUGCGGUUUUCGAUAGCGUAACUGCUUAUGAACUGCUAAAGCAGAUCCGGCAACACUCUUCUCCUACCGGCAAUGGUACUGAAAGAAUGGCUCAUUACUUGGCGGAUGCCCUUGAGGCGCGCCUCGCUGGCACUGGGAGAGCGUUAGAUGCAUCGUUUUUGAGCAAGAGGCUAACAGCUGCUGAAACACUAGCAGCUUACCUGGCAUAUGUUAAAGCAAGCCCUUUCAGAAAGAUGUUGAAUUUCUUCGCAAACAAGAUGAUUUGGAAACUUUCUGAGAAAGCAACGAGGAUUCACAUAAUUGAUUUUGGAAUCAUACAUGGCUUUCAAUGGCCUGGCCUUUUUCAGAAUCUCUCCCAGAGGCCUGGUGGGCCUCCUAGUGUUCGUCUUACUGGAAUAGACUUUCCGCAACCUGGUUUUCGGCCAGCAGAAAGGGUUGAGGAGGCUGAACGUCGAUUGGCCUAUUACUGUGAGAGAUUUCAUGUCCCAUUUGAGUUCAAUGGUGUGGUAAAGCAAUGGGAUACUAUUAGACUUGAGGAUCUCAAGAUUCAGAGAGAUGAGGUGCUUGUUGUCAAUUGUUUGAACCGGAUGAGGUACGUCUCUGAUGAUGCAACAGUAGACGCGGACAGUCCAAGGGACGCCGUUCUGAAAUUAAUCAAGACUGUUAAACCGGAUUUGUUUUUUCAUAGCAUUGUCAAUGGGUCAUACAGUGCCCCCUUCUUUGUCUCGCGUUUCCGUGAUUUACUUUUCCAAUCACAUGCAACCUUUGAUAUGUUUGAUGCUGUUUUACCGCUUGAACAUGAGGGAAGGAUCCUUUAUGAGAGAGAUGUCCUUGGGAGGGCUGCAAUGAGUGUUGUCGCUUGUGAGGGUACUGAGAGGAUUAUAAGGCCAGAGACAUAUAAGCAGUGGCAAAUUCGUAAUACAAGGGUUGGGCUCAAGCAACUCCCACUCGACCAUGAUAUAGUCGAGGAUGUGAGGGCUAAAGUCAAGUUGGGUUACCACGAGGAUUUUGCGGUGGACGAGGACGGCAACUGGAUGCUGCAGGCAUGGAAGGGGCGAGUCUUAAGUGCUGUCUCUUGUUGGAAAGCUGCACAAUAAAUGAAAUUUAGCAAUAUCUACUGCUUAGAAUCGAUAAAUAUGGUUCUCUAGCAAUUCAGGAACUUGUAACCUUGAUAGUGGUACCUUUUCUUCCGCAAUCAAGUAUCUCUCUGAUUUUGUGAACAUUAUUGCAGCGACUGAUAUACUUUAUGUACAUUAUUGCGGCGUCUAAUCUACUUUUUUCAUUCUUGUU